UCUCUCGCAGCUCGCUGACGCACCAGAUGGCGGACGAGCUUGAGCUUGAGCUUUCAGAGCUGAACUCUGGGCAUCGUCGUCCGGAAGGUGUUGUGGGGAGAAAGGACCGAGCUCGCGGAGAUUAGAAGCUGCGAAUUUGACGUGUUCUGCGGCUCUGUCUGUGGUCGGAAGGAAGAGUGGGCGUCGCGAUCAUGGCUCGAGCCGUGGGCAAUUGGAUGUUGAAUGUUCCGAGCGCUGCAGCGGCGCAGAGCUGCUGUGGUGGAGCUAGAGCUGGGAAGGAUGUGAGAAUCGGGCCCAGAGGGCUCGGUCGAUUAUUGGCAGCUCGAGGAGUUCACAAUGCCACUGGCUUUCGACUCCAUGCACUGCAGCAGCGCCAGCGGCCGAAGGCCAGGAAUCUGUCGGGAGGUUCCGGAGUGGUUCGCUGUGCUAUGAAUGAUGAUGUGGCCAGCCCCAGCGCUGCUACUGUGUACCAAGGAAUUUAUGGUCCUUGGUCCGUCGACUCGGCUGACAUUCGUGAGGUUAUACUCUACCGUAGUGGCCUGGUCACAUCUGCAGCAGCAUUUGUAACAGUAGCGUCAACAGCAUUCCUGCCUGAUGGUAACCCAGUAAAAUCUGCUGUUCAAGCUGUUUAUGACCCGCUAUAUGCUUUGGGAGCUGGUGGCUUGGGAUUAUCGUUAUUCCUCAUCCACAUCUAUGUCACUCCAAUCAAACGGACUUUACAGUUACUGUGGGCCGUGGGAGUGCUGGGAUCUGUUGCAAUGGCUGUCAACUUUGCAGCACCGGCAGAUCAAGGACUUGUUCAGUUUGUUGUGGAUCACCCAGCGGGAAUAUGGGCUGUGGGUCCACUAUUUGCUGCCUUGACGGGCCUCGCCUUUAAAGAAGGUCUAUGCUACGGGAAAUUUGAGGCUGCUGCACUAUUUUUUGUGAUCCCUGGGCUACUUCUUGGACACCUGUCAGGAGCUAUGGAUGACAAGGUAAAGCUAGGGCUCUUGGCUGCUUGGAUCGGACUCUUCACUGUGUUCGCUGCUAGGAAGUUUACUCAACCCAUUAAGGAUGACAUUGGAGACAAGUCUGUUUUCAUCUUCCAAGCCCUACCCGAGGCGGAGAAGGAACGAAUCAUCCAGGAGCAGAAUGCCAAACAAAUGGCAAAUAGGAGCAAUGACGAGUAGCGUCCAUCAACAUCGUUGUUUAGGUUCGAAGGGUCGACUUUCUUGACAUGUGGAUGGCCAGUGAUGCAAGUUAUCAGGAGGAUUUGCAACUCAAUCUUCUUACUUAAUCAAUCAACUUAAGUUGGACCACGAGUAUCUCUCUCCAAGACAUGCUUCAGCCGAGGAAGUAUCUAGUGCAUGUUUGCUAGAUUGGAAAUUGUCACUUUUGAUAAGCAGAGAUCUGCUGCAUGAAGCGAGACUGAGGUCAGAUCACAAAUUCAAGAUAGGCGAACAUUGGGAGGUUAGAAACGACUAAUGCUCAGAGUUUAAACCGAGUACUUGUCGAAGAAAUACUAUUAUCUCCACUCACUGUGUGUACUUCCCGUCUAGAAACUGUGCAUUGAUGGUGGUCCUCAAACGUAACGAGAAGAAGAGAUCCAGACCAAAGCGGCAAGCGCUGACGGUAGAAUUCUUCUGUAUUGGUUCACUUUCCUGAGCAGUUAACCGACCAGAAAGACGUUCGAAUGUCUCUGUAGCACAAUUCCAAUUUGCAACAGGGGAGCUCGUUUCAAGCUGUUUCCCUAUUGGCGUGUAUACAGUCGAGUGGGCCCCUAGG